AUGGUUUCCCCCAAAUUCAAACGACUCAAAACCCUAAACAACUCAGACACCGAUCACAACCGCCUGAUCGCCUCCGUCACCACCACCACCUCCGCCGCCGCAAUUCCUUACUUACCUAACAACGUCAUCGAACACAUCCUCUCCUUCCUUCCGAUCAAGCUCGCCGCUCGCGCCACCGCCGUUUCGAAGCAGUGGGGGUCCCUCUGGCCUUCGUUCCCCGUAAUCGAUUUCGACGAGGGCGACCCCUCCGAUCCCGACGACCCUGCCAAGUCCCAAAGAUUCCUCCAUUUCUUGGAGAAUUGCAUGGAACGCUGCCGGAAUCAGAUGAGCUUAGACAAGCUCAGGCUUCGAAUCGCACACAGCCUCGCCGGAGACGACAUCGGCACGAUUGACGAGUGCGUGACGUUUGCACUUGAGAGAUUUGUGGAAGAUUUGGAGAUCUGUUUCGUCGAAGAAGCCGAAACUGAGGUUAGCUUGUACCUGAUCCCCCAAGCAGUUUUCUCUUCACAUUUCUUGGUUAGCUUGAAUUUGGAGAAAGUUAAAAUCGAUAUCAGUUCUAGAGUAGAAGCUGAUGAUCCUAUAACCCUAAGUUCACUGGAAACCAUGUCCCUCAAAGAGGUUGAAUUCGACGACGAAAAUGAUCUUGAGAUCUUGCUUUCGGGUUGCCCUCGUCUCUGGUACUUAGAAUUGAAUCAGUGUGAUCUUGGCUACACGCUCGGGUGUCUGGAAGUUUCAAUUCCAAGUCUGAAAUCGUUGUAUAUCUCGGAUUGCCAUGCUUUGGAUUUUGAAGUAAAAUGUAUCAAUCUUGAGAAUUUUGUAUUCUUUUCUGAGUGCACCUGUUCCCACCAUGGUGCUUUGACUGUGUGGGAGUGUUACAGACUGAAGCAUCUCACCAUUUCUAGUUUGGGCUUGACAGGACUUCUUUUGCUUGAUUGUGAAAGGAGUAUCGAUUAUGCAAUUUUCACUCCAAGUCUGUUGCAUUUUCUGUUUAGUGGCUUGGUGCAGGCCAAGGUUCAUUUCCUGGUAUCUCCAAUAAGCUUGUUACAUGCUACCGUCAGAAUUACGAAUGAGAUGUGGCCCUUUGAGUAUUACUCUUUUCUGAGAGAUUGUCUUGAAAGUUUCAAUUGCUCCAGAAAACUGGAGAUAGAGAUUCGUGAUGCUGAGGGUGUCAUAAUACCAGAACAUUGCAGAAAGGAGUGGUCUCCACCAUUACCUAGUGUCAAGCAGCUGCAGCUAACCUUUAGUAAUCCAUUAUGGGACAGAGAUUAUUGGUUGGAUCCCUCCUUGUCUUGGAUAGCAUCAUCUGCGGAGAUUCUUCCCCAUCAGUAUAAUAGCACCAUCCCUCCCAUUUGACUGUCAGGUAUUCCCUUCUUUCAUUCAGAAUUUUGCCAAAGUUAAUGAUUCUACCACUAAAGUUCAUUGAUAAAAUUUGAUCAAUAGCAGUGCUAUAUGUAUACUCUUGCGAUUAUUGAUUUUUAGAUCCAUGUUUAUCUUAUUUAAAAUAUGUAAUAAAGAAUAAAAGAGCAUUCAUGUCUGAAGUUUAACAAUCAACUGGAAUCUUCUUCGUUCCUUGGUCUAGACAUAAGAAUGGAUGUACUGAUGAGUGAGAGUCCCUAAUUUAUGCAUCCU